GGCUCCACUGGCACAGGGUCCCCUGGAAGAGGAGCUGCAGGAGGGCAGCAGGGGAGGGCAGCCUUUCCGGCUCCACACCAUGGACAGUUCCCGGUAGCUCAGGCUCGGGCACCUGGGGCCUGGAGUCCUGCGCCCUCCGCCACGCUGGGAUUGCCCUGCCGCUCUCCACGAGACAGUGGCGCUGCACGCCAGCUCGGGUGUUGGCUCCCGUCCUACACUGGGGCAGCCAUCCGCCAACACCCCCCGCCCCCCAGGAUCGACGACCCUUCUGGAUAUGGCUCUUCUGGAACGUUCCGUCGGGGUGGAGGACCUCAUCCUCCUGGAGCCCCUGGCACAGGAGUCUCUGCUCAAAAACCUCCAACUACGCUUCGAAAACAAGGAGAUCUAUACCUACAUCGGGAGCGUGUUGAUCUCAGUGAACCCCUACCAGCAGCUGCCCAUCUACGGCCCGGAGUUCGUAGCGAAGUACCGAGACUGCACCUUCUAUGAGGAGAAGCCGCACAUCUACGCCCUGGCCAACAUGGCGUACCAGUCCCUGCGGGGCCAGGACCGAGACCAGUGCAUCCUCAUCACGGGCGAGAGUGGCGCCGGGAAGACGGAGGCCAGCAAGCUGGUGAUGUCGUACGUGGCGGCCGUCUGCGAGAAAGGGGAGGAGGUGAACUCCGUGAAGGAGCAGCUGCUUCAGUCCAACCCGGUGCUGGAGGCUUUCGGCAACGCCAAGACCAUUCGCAACAACAAUUCCUCUCGAUUUGGAAAAUACAUGGACGUGGAGUUUGACUUCAAGGGGGCCCCGCUGGGCGGCGUCAUCACAAACUAUCUGCUUGAGAAAUCCCGAGUGGUGAAGCAACUGCAAGGAGAAAGGAAUUUCCACAUCUUCUAUCAGCUGCUGGCUGGAGCAGACUCAGAGCUGCUGAAGGCCUUGAAGCUGGACCAGGAUCCCAGGGGCUACACGUAUCUGAACCCCGAAGUGGUCGGGGUGAACGGCACGGACGAUGCGGCCAACUUCCAGGCUGUGCAGACCGCCAUGGCUGUGAUCGGGUUCUCAGAGGCCGAGGUUCGGCGGGUGCUGGAGGUGACGGCCUUGGUGCUGAAGCUCGGGAACGUGCAGCUGGUGGACGAGUUCCAGGCCAGCGGGCUGGCGGCGAGCGGCAUCCGUGACAGGAAAGGUAUUCAGGAGAUCGGGGAGCUGGUGGGCUUGAAAACAGCGACCCUAGAGCGAGCUUUGUGCUCAAAGACCAUGAAAACCGGCAAAGAAGAGGUGGUCACCACGCUGACUAUCACCCAGGCUCACUACGCCCGGGACGCCCUGGCCAAGAACAUCUACAGCCGCCUGUUCGACUGGAUCGUGAACCGGAUCAACGAGAGCAUCAAGGUGGGCACGGCGGAGAAGAAGAAGGUGAUGGGGGUCCUGGACAUCUACGGCUUUGAAAUACUGGAGGAAAACAGCUUCGAGCAGUUUGUCAUCAACUACUGCAACGAGAAGCUGCAGCAGGUGUUCAUCGAGAUGACGCUGAGAGAGGAGCAGGAGGAAUACGAGCGGGAGGGCAUAAAGUGGACGAAGGUGGACUACUUCGACAACAGCAUCAUCUGCACCCUGAUCGAGCACAACCAGAAAGGCAUCCUGGCCAUGCUGGACGAGGAGUGCCUGCGGCCUGGACGGGUCAGCGAUGCCACCUUCUUGACAAAGCUGAACCAGAUCUUCGGCAAGCACGGUCACUACGAGAGCAAAGUCACCCAGAACGCCCAGCGCCAGUUCGACCGCUCCAUGGGUGCCCAGUGCUUCCGCAUCUGCCACUACGCGGGCAAGGUGACCUACAACGUGGACAGCUUCAUUGACAAGAACAACGACCUCCUCUUCCGGGACCUGUCCCAGGCCAUGUGGGAGGCCCAGAAUCCCCUCCUGCGCUCCUUGUUCCCCGAAGGCGACCCCAAGAACGCCUCUCUCAAACGCCCCCCAACGGCGGGGGCCCAGUUCAAGAGCUCUGUGGCCGUCCUCAUGAAGAACCUGUAUUCCAAGAACCCCAACUACAUCAGGUGCAUCAAGCCCAACGAGCACCAGCAGCGCCAGCAGUUCUCCGCGGAGCUGGUGGCCAACCAGGCUCGGUACCUGGGGCUGCUGGAGAACGUCCGCGUCCGGCGGGCGGGCUACGCCUUCCGCCAGGGGUACGGGCCCUUCCUGGAAAGGUACCGGCUGCUGAGCCGGAGCACCUGGCCUUGCUGGCGUGGGGGAGACCGGGAGGGGGUCGAGAAGCUCUUUGGGGAUCUGAGCAUAUCCUCAGAGGAGCUGGCCUUCGGGAAGACCAAGAUCUUCAUAAAGAGCCCCAAGACUCUUUUCUGGCUGGAGGAGCAGCGGCGCCUGCGGAUGCAGCAGCUGGCCACGCUCAUCCAGAAGACGUACCGCGGCUGGCGCUGGCGCAGGCGCUACCGGCGGAUGCGCGCCAGCCAGAUCCUCAUCUCCGCCUGGUUUCGCGGCAAAAUGCAAAAGAAGCGCUACUUGGAGACCAAGGCGGCAGCCUUGGUGAUUCAGGCCCACAUGAGAGGAUGGAAGACCCGGAAAGACCAUCGGAAGUACUUCCGGGCAGGGGCCACCCUCACCCUGGCCAACUUCAUCUUCAGGAGCACAGUUCAGAAAUUCCUGCUGGGCUUGAAGAAUAACCUGCCGUCCUGCAACGUCCUGGACAAGCAGUGGCCAGCCGCCCCGUACCAGUACCUCAGCACAGCAAACCAGGAGCUGCGGCGCCUCUUCCACCAGUGGAGGUGCAAGAAAUUCCGGGACCAGCUGAGUCCGAAGCAGGUACAGACCCUGAAGGAGAAGGCCUGUGCCAGCGAACUGUUCAAGGACAAGAAGGCCUCGUACGCCCAGAGCGUCCCUGUGCCGUUCCGCGGUGACUACAUCGGGCUGCAGACUGACCCCAAACUGCAGAAGCUGAAGGGCGGGGAGGAAGGGCCCGUUCUGAUGGCAGAGACUGUCAAGAAGGUCAAUCGUGGCAACGGCAAGAUGGCUUCUCGCAUUCUCCUCCUGACCAAGAGGCACGUGAUUCUCAUAAACGACAAGAAGUCGCAGGACAAAGCUGUCAUCGGGCUGGACAGCUUGACUGGAGUGUCGGUCAGCAGCUUCAAGGACGGGCUUUUCAGCCUGCAUCUGAAAGAGAUAUCAUCGGUGGGCUCCAAGGGGGACUUCCUGCUGGUCAGCCAGCACGUGGUUGAGCUGCUGACCAAACUCUACAGGACGACACUGGACGCCACCCAGACGAAGCUCCCGGUCUCGGUGACUGAUGAGUUCUCAGUGAGUUUCAAGGAGGGCCAGGUCAAGGUCAAGGUCAUCCAGGGCCCCGGGGGUGGCGGGGGCAGCAAGGUGACCUGCAAGAAGAGAGGGCACCAGAGCCUGCAAGUGACUGUGUCGUGAGAGACCUUCCCGCCUUCUCUUCCGACUAACUUCUGUCUACGCUCCGUCUCUUGCCCACUAAUAAAAUCAGUGA